AUAGCUUUAAAUGAUGACGAAAUGAAUAAAGAAAAAAUGGACAUUAUGAAACGAGUUUCGAAAUUUGCUAUUGUUAUUUUAGGUGUUGAUUUUUCUAGAUUGAAUUUUAGUCAAGAAGAGAUCAAAGCAAUUCAUAAACUUGUACUAGCUGGAUCUAUUAUUGACAGAAUCUAUCUUCGCCAAAAGUGGAAGAAUAAUGAAUUUUUUUUAGCCGAAUUUGAUGAAAACUCAGAUCGUUACUCACAAGAAGUUCAAUUAUUCCACAUCAUGAAAGGACCAUGGGACAAAACUGAUAAUAAUACCGCAUUCAUUUCUGGAGUUUCUUCAAAACCUAAAGGCGCUAAUUUUUAUCCGGAAGAUAUGACUAAGAAUGAAUUCAACGAUUGGAUAUCAAAACUCUCUGACGACGAUCAAAAGGCUGCUAAAGGUUUUUAUCAUGUUAUAAAAAGAAAUGAAAAUGGUCAAUUAUUUUUGAAUCCCUAUUCGGAAGAAUACAGGGAAUUCCUAGUACCUUUGAAUAAAUUUUUGAAAGAGGCAGCAGAUUUGGUUGAUGACCCAUCUCUUGGAAGAUUUUUACGGUCAAGGGGAGAUGCAUUUUUGUCGAAUCAAUAUUUUGAAAGUGAGGUUUCUUGGCUAAAUAUUAGCAAGGAUUGUCGACUUGAAGUGACAGUGGGUCCUUAUGAAGUUUAUACCGACGAAUUAUUCUCUUAUAAAAGUUCUUUCGAAUUAUUUGUUCAUGCACGAGAUUUUGAGUCUUCUGCACUAGUUGAAGACUUCGCUACAUAUUUGCAAGAUAUUGAAAAUAACCUGCCAGUACCUGAUGAAUAUAAGAAUAAGGAUCUCAAUACCCCAAAGAUUAUUGUGGUUAAUGAGUUGUAUUCCGCUGGUGUUAGUGUACCAAUUGCUUCUGCUUACAAUUUGCCUAAUAAUGAAAAAGUCAAGAAAAUUGGUUCAAAAUUAGUACUCAUCAAGAACGUUCAGCGUGGACAUUCAAACGGUCCACAUUACAUUGUAGGGUCAGAUUCUGUUCCUGUUCGCGAUAGGUUACAAGAAUAUCAUUCGGCUAUUGAAGAAACUAAAGCUGAUCUUGUGAGUUUAUUCGCCGCGGCAUAUCUUAUGAAUAAAGGUCUCAUGACGACGCAACCACCUUUGGAACAAUUAUAUGUAACUUAUCUCGCUCUAACUGUUAGAUCUCUCAUCUUUGGUCAUAAGGAGGCCCAUGCUCUUGGUCGUGUCAUACAACUAAAUUACAUCCUUUCUCGAGGUGGAUUUAUAUUUGAUGAUAAAAAUAAAUUCAGAGUAGAUUUUGAUUCUAUUCAAUCAUCCAUUGCAAACCUUACAAAAGAAAUUUUGAUGGUGCAGGGUAAUGGCGAUAAAGAACGUGUUAAAGAGUUCAUCGACCAGUAUGGAACGGUUGGGGAUAAUGUUAAGAGCAUUCUGAACAAUAUUCAAAAAGAGGAUUUAAAGGUCGAGAUUUGGCCCAUCUAUAAUAUUACGUGGUUAUUUGAGCAUGGGAACAAUGAUAAAUCUGAACGCUUCAAUCGAUGA